GCCGGCUGUGCUGCGCGCGUCCCGCUGCCGGAUGCCUGGCCUCCGCCCGGCGACGGUUUGGUAUGAGACUCCAGAGACGGGGUCUGUUUCCUAAUGUCCUUCAUUUCCUCUGCCCGUUCGUUUUCCUUCGGAAAAUUUUCUGCUGAACUGAGUACGUGCUUCGGUGGUUCUUUGUGGUCGAUGAUGGGAUCCGACAGCUGGAGGUCUCAAAGCCAUCGCUGUUGGCACCGUCCACAGGACAGGCAAACUGCUUUGCAGAGCUCAAAACACGUUCAUGGCUCUCAUUAAAGAAGCCUGAUGUGAGUCUCAAUGGACAACUGAUCCCUUACUGCCUUGUUUGAAAUCCAAGAAGUUUUGUUGUGCCGAUUUAACAACGUGCAAUCUCUGCUGACACUAUCAUGAAAAAAAUGUCAAUUCUGUCCUUUUUAACCCCUGUGUGAAACUUUGACUUUAAUAUACUCGUUCAUUCCUUCACCCUUCAUAAAGAUGUCUGAACCCGACCCUUCAUCUGGAUUUUCAGGAAGUGUGGAGAAUGGAACUUUCCUUGAGCUGUUUCCCACAUCACUGUCCACAUCAGUGGACCCGUCCUCAGGCCACCUGUCAAAUGUCUACAUCUAUGUGUCCAUAUUCCUCAGCCUUUUGGCGUUUCUGCUUCUGCUUUUAAUCAUUGCCCUCCAGAGGCUCAAAAAUAUCAUCUCCUCCAGUUCCUCCUACCCAGAGUAUCCAAGCGACGCUGGAAGUUCUUUCACCAAUUUGGAAGUCUGUAGUAUUUCCUCUCAAAGAUCCACUUUUUCAAACCUUUCAUCAUGAAGAAAAGGGAAGAAUCUUUGAAUGCUGCAGCAGCUUAGGUUUUCCUAUAUGGGAGCUGUCACAUGGAGUGUUGCCUUGUCAAAAAAGUGACCCCUUUGGUUUAGACCUGUUCCCCCUUCUCCUUUGACUCUGAUUUCUUUUCUGUUUAUGAUGCUUUUCACUUGUGAAUUUCACACAAACCACUUGACGGCUCUGGGACUGGCUUCUUCAGGGUGGAUCUGAUCGGUCCACCUGGUUGGAUGCAGUGGACUUACUUGUGGCAUCCUCUUGGUGGAUGCAGUUUGCACUUCAUUCCUCUUUUGAAACCAACCGAGCUCCAGAAACUGGCAAAAUUAAAUUUGAACUAUUUAGAAGAUAUUUUCCAUAUUUAAAAGACAAAUUGGAGAUACCAAAUUUAAAAAAAGGAGAGUCAAUUUAGAUUUCAUGUACAACAUUUCUAAAACUGGGAAUAAAAAUAUGCAAAAAUGUUUUCUUUAAUGUCACUUUAACAAAUGAAAAUGACAUUUAUUGGUAAGUAUGUCAUUUGGAAAACUUUUGGAGGAGUUUAACUUUAAACAGCAAGACAAGUAUGUGUUAUGAUGCAGUUUGUAAUGUAUUUCUGCUCCUGGGCUUCUUUUUCUGCUUAUAUUGCAGUCACGAUGCUCCAGGGUUGUGGAAUUCUUUGUGACAAUUGCUGUUACUAUUACUAAGAGAAGCACCAGAAGAGACACCGAGAUGUUUUUAUUUUAUGUCUAAAAUUUCCAUCAGUGGGAAUUAAGCACAUGGAAAAUAUUUAUUUAUUUGCAUUUUAUACAGUAAUAACUUCUUAGCAGUCAUGUACGUUCCUUCACUCAGUUUCAUAGUCUUUAUAAUUUUAGUGCAGAAUUAUAUUAAGGCUUCGAGGUGUCAAGUGUUUGUUCGCUCACAUUAAGCUGUGAAACUUAGAGACUAAACUUGCUAGCAUACAUGUUAUUAUAUAUGCCACGAAUGUUAUGUCUCUGAUAAAUAAUUGCUGUAGGUCAACAUAAUACUUUGCAUUAGAAUUCCAGGAUGUGGGUUUAUUUUUUAAAUUGUAGACUCUCAGGUUGUGUAGCUGCUGAGAACUUCAGUGAUCCUGGGAGCUGCCAUCCUGUGGUCAUCUUGUGGCCUGGGGGUCGGGGUGGGGUGCCACGAAAUGAGGCACAGACAUGGAAUGUGGGAGAAAUCAAGCUGCCCCUAAAAACAAAACAAAGCAAACUACUGCCUCUUGCAAGUAAGAAUUUUAAUUUAAUUUUUAAAAUGUUGAGAGAGUUGAGGACUGGGAAUAAGGGUCAGAGGCGGCUGCUUCUUCUUUUUAUUCCAUAAGCUUCACUUAAAUCAGACAUUUAACUAUUUAUAUAUCAAGAAUGUCCGGAAACACCAUAAGACCAGCACAGCAUUGCUGCUCUAAAAUGUAUAAUUAGUAAAAAAUUUGCCUCUGCUGCCAUUUGAAGCCUGGCAGUGGGUUGGGUGUUAUUAUGUAGUCCAAAAACUGGACUAGAGAAACUCUGCUAUUUUAGAGCUUUAUUAGCAUUCUCUCAGUAUAUACAUAUAUUAUAUAUGCACUUAUGUAAUAUAUGUGUGUGUAU